AUGUGUAAAUGGUUUGAAGAGGGUUUAAAUGAAGAUAUUAAGUUGUUAGUUGGGAUUCUAGAAUUAACAGAAUUUGUUGUACUGUUCGAUCAAACUCAUAAAGCUGAAGAGCUGAGUAAAGAGAAAAGACAAGCUGAGAUUGAAGCUCAAUAUUUAAGUAAAAGAUUUACUAGAAAGUUAUAUCAGUUAGCUUCAAAGAAGUCAAAGAAAGAUCAUGACCGUUCUGUUACUCUUGCGGGAUAUUCUGGGAGAGACAGAAGUAUUCAACAUUUUAAUUUGAAAUUUCGGGCUACAUCUGUAGCAAGUGUAGGCAGUGUUGGAAAUCGCAAACCCAGGCGUAAAUAUUGUAAUACAUUUCAUUUUGGUGAGUGCUGUAUAAAGAGCGGAGCCUACUUUAGAUGUGGAUCUUAUGACCACUAUUUUAAAGAUUUCCCAGAAAUGCCUAAAAAUCAUGCUAUCCAAACGUUGAAGCUGAGUAAUUCUACUACAAAAGGGAGACCGUCUCGUAAUCCUAGUAUUAUGAGUAGUAGCCGAGAUAGGGCAAAAGAUUCAACUGUCAAACCUGAAGUACGAGCACUAGCUAGGACAUAUGCUAUUCGUGCACGUGAGGAUGCCUCUGAACCGAAUGUUAUCACUGGUACUUUUUCUCUUCUUGAUACUAAUAUUACUACUUUUAUUGAUCCUAGUUCAACAUAUUCAUACAUAUGCACGAAUUUAGUGUCUGUUAAAAAUUUACUUGUUAAGUUCACGGAAUUCGUGAUUACAGUUUGA